UUUUCCUUUUAUAGAUAAAAAAAAAUAUUGUAAAUUUUAUUCAACAUGUCGCGUUCAAGUAUUUUGUUUAAUAAUUCCUCAGUGAAUUUAGAGACUAAAAAGUUUAAUUAACCCAAAAAGAACAAAAGCCGCUAAAAAAUAAUUUAUAAAAAGUGUUAAGUAAAGUCUAUCAAAAGACAAUAAUAAGUCGUUAAAACAUCGCGUGUUUUGUAAUUUUUCUUAUUGUGUGGGGUUAAUUAAAAAAAUUAAAAUAAAAUAAAAGUGCAAUCAGAUAGAAAAAUUAAACGGAAAAGUGCAAUAAAAACAAGGAAGACACAUACAUUCCAGAGAGAGAGAGAGAGAGAGAGAGAGAGUAACCCCCUCAAUCUCUUUUACGAAUAUAUAUUUAUAUAUAUCACAGUUUUCGACCAUUCCAUUCAGUUUUAAUUCGAAUUUAUUUUUGACGGCUAAGUGCCUAAUGGCAAGUUCGCUUAACAAGACGAGACACAGGCGCAGAUUGGCUGCGAUCUCGUUUCUAUCGAAUAUCUCAUUAGAUGGCACACACAGGGAUACAAAAUUUGGCGCAACAUUCGGUAGCAGCAUCAUCUGCGGCACGCAGCAGCAUAAGCAUCCCAAUAACGCAGCGCAAACGUUGGGACAAAGUAACACAGGAUUUGGAGCCGGUGGCUAUCAUCAGCAUUAUCAACAACAUCAUCAACAACGAAGGCCGCAGCAGCACCAGCAACAGCAGCAGCAGCAAAAGCAAAAUCAUCACCAGAAACAGCAGCAGCAGCAGCAACAAUACCAACAACCGAAUGGAGCCGCAUCCAUAUUACUUUGCAAUGCCGAUAUCCAUAUGGGAGGCAGCGGAUCCACUGGCUCCACAAUCUGUGGCACCUUUGGAUUGGACGAUGAAAUCUCUGGCUCUCAGGCUACUGCCGCCAGUGAUGGUGAUGAGCAUUUUAGUGAAACUGAAAAUAUGGGUCAAUACUUGAUGAAUGUGCUAAUGCCAGCCGGCGGUGUCAUCAGCCAGAUGCAGCCGGUUGAGAGACGCAACAUAAAGCGACCCACAUCGGGCAGUGGCAAUAAUAGUAUGAGCAUCAAUAGGGGCAAGCAGCAAGAGCAGCCGCAACGCCCUUCGACAGCAGGCGGCAGCGGUGGAUCGGGUGCCGAGAGUGGCAGCGAUUCGGAUAGCAUAAAAAUACCGCUCAAAAUGUCCAAUUUGGGCAGCGGCGGUGCAGCUAAGCUAUUACCCCUAAGGGAACGCACUUUUAGCAAUGGGGCCGCAAGUGAGAAAAAUCUACAGCCCGAGAGACGGGCACGUUUGAAUACCGCACCGGGAAUGCGUGCAGGUGUCGCUUCUGUGGGUUCCUCCCAGAAUCCCAACAGCAUCAGCACCAAUAGCAUUCUAGUCGGUGGUGGAAACCUCAAACGUGGCUAUAUAUUGAGUGGUUCCAGCGUUAGUCACAUCACAGAUGAUAGCAGUACCGAGAGUUUGGCCCCCAUUGGUGGCAGUUUUCGCAAUAGCCUAAGUAAAUCGGUCCAAAUAAGCGAUAGUCGACGGGGAACAACAACACUUCAAGGACUAAAUGGUCAGCGGGAUGAGCGUAUGGUAUUGGUAUCGAGAAAAGUUCCAUUUUUCAUCUUUUCCGCUCUGCCCUAUUACAAGGGUAAAAAUGGAAGAGCUGAAUUCCGCAAGGAGGAUCGUCGUCGUCGUAAUCCAUCAACAUCACGUCCUUUGAGUUCAAUUAAUGAUGCUCCCUUUGAUCCUUUCGAUUUGCUGGGCAUACAAAAGGCCGAAAGUGGUCAGGACAUUUCUUAUGGCCAUUUAUUGAUACCCUCACGACAAUAUGAAAAGGAGCGCAAAAAGCAUGGCAAUGCCUCAACAAAUCCAUCUAUUUUUGAAAAUCAAAUGGAAAUUACCAGUACAGCAGCCCUUAAAAAUCAUGGCAUAGCGAGCACAAAAACCAUAACCAAACGUCAAGGCAAAUGGUGUUUCACAUAUGAGAAUAACAAUCGUAAUAAUGCGGCCAGUCCAACGCCUGAUCUUAAAUUGGAUAUGGAUAUGGAAAGCAUUAUAUUAGCUGGAGAUGCCAGAGGAUGUCAACAAUAUUCGGCCAGCAUUUUGGAUGAUCCGGAGCUAAUAGCUGGCAAACAUCGUACAUUGCUCACAUUUACCUCAUAUAUGACCUCGGUCAUUGAUUAUGUUAGACCCUCGGAUUUGAAGAAGGAGUUAAAUGAUAAAUUUCGUGAGAAAUUCCCACAAAUUCAAUUGACUUUAAGCAAACUAAGAAGUAUCAAACGGGAAAUGCGUCGGAUUAACAAACUGGAUACACGCAUCGAUUUGGUUACCAUAUCCCAGGCAUAUGUUUACUUUGAGAAAUUGAUUUUGGCCAAUUUGAUUAAUAAGAGCAAUCGCAAAUUAUGCGCCGGCGCCUGUUUGCUGCUCAGUGCCAAAAUGAAUGAUGUUAAAGGCGAUGCAUUGAAAUCGUUGAUUGAGAAAACGGAAAGUGUAUUCCGUUUGAAUCGCAAAGAGUUAAUAUCAUCGGAAUUUGCCGUUUUGGUGGCUCUGGAGUUUAGUCUGCAUGUGCCCAUGCAUGAGGUAUUGCCGCAUUAUCAACGUUUGCUCUAUGAAUCCUAGAAUUGGUCCACGCGCUGCGUCGAAAAAAUGCGUUUAAUGGCGGCAGCGCAGGCGGUGGGACAUCAUUUGCUCCGCAAGGGUAGUCGUAAAUGAAUUGAUAUGGGACAAUGGCCGUGGCAUACUUUACGGCUGAGAUGUGUACUUAAGAAGGCGUUGCCUACUUUACGGGUGUUGGGUUUAAUUCAUUUUUUUUUGGUGGAAAACAUAAUAUACAAUACAAUACAAUAAAAACAUAUUUACCUAUUACAUA